GAGUCUGAGUGCCAAACUGGCGUUAGCGGAGUCCUGCUCAGCCCAGCAGAGCUACUGGCAGUUCGCAUACGUGAUCACAAGAUUCCUCAACGAUCACAUGGCCAGAAAGAUUUUAUCCCUGAUGGCUCAGAAGAACAAGAGGAGAAGCUGCGCCAGUGCCGGGAUGAACACUGGCAACUCUUGCGGGAAGAGCGUGUGGAGAGAUUGGGGAGUCUGGUGAAAGCUGAGUGGAAGCCUCAGGAGGGUAUUACAGAGCUGAAAUCCCCUGCUGGAAAAUUCUGGCAUACUAUGGGAUACACAGAGCAUGGAAAGCAAUGCUUGCUGCCAGAGGAAGCCCUGUAUCUCCUAGAAUGUGGUUCUAUUCAGCUUUUUUACAAAGACUUGCCCUUGUCAGUCCAGGAAGCCUAUGAAACUCUGCUGUCUCAGGUGUCAAUGAGUCUGCUGAAGUACCAGGUAUUCAGCCACUUGAAGAGGCUUGGUUACAUUGUGCUGAGAUUCCAUUCCAGUGCUAUUACAACACCUUAUGAGAGGCAAUUGAAUUUGGGCAGCCACUAUCAAAAUGCAAAGCAACACCAUCACAAGAGGAAAAGGAGCUCCAGCCCUCGAAAGCCCAAAAUAUCUGAGGAAACUCAGGAAUGCAAGCAGCCACCCCAAAAGGCUGGGAGGCAUCAUGAGGGUUCAAGCCACCCAGUGUCAGACGGAGGAAGUGUAUCUGGGGAGAAGGUGAAGGAAUCUGAUCCUGAAGCUGCAGUUGUGGAGACCAUCCCAUCUUCCAGUGAUGCAGUACAGCGUUAUCGAUCUCCUUCAGUUUGUAUCAGAGACCACCGUGAGAGAUCUACCAUGGCAUCUUGGGAAAGUCAGGGUAACACUUGUCAGUCUCGCUGGGAUUUCACCACCAUUAUUUUCCCCAACAUGGGUGCUGAUUGCCCUCAAACCCUCCUGUCACAGCCUGAUAAAAGAUUCCUCCCAAAGAAUGUAACUGCAUGGGUGGUCGAUGCAACCAGGUGGCGGAAAAAGCUCAACCGAAAAUGUGAGAAGUUGUCUCACAAGGAGCGGGAGCAGCUCGAGUGGGAGAGAAGGUACAAAAGCAGUAUCAAUGAGGAUAAGGAGGUCAGGCAGUGUUCCACCUGGCAGGAGUACAAGGCUCUUCUAGAAAAGAAGAGACAACAGAGGAAGAAGAAGUACCCAGCAAACCUCUGGCAGCAGGCGGUCACCCCACGUGUGAAGCCAGAUCAAGGUCUUACAACAGCUGAUAUCCUCCAGCAGAUCAAUGUACUCCAGCCCUCCCACAUCCUGGAUGGAGCAUCCCAGAUACAGGAUGAUUCCAGAGGCAUGAAGAUAGAUUUUGAUGUGUAUCCAGCAGACACAGCUUCUAGCUUUAAGAAGAAUAAACCUGGGAAGCCUUUUGUCCGGAUAUGUGUUCGGAGCUUUGAUGAACAGAUCCCAACCCUGAGGGCAGUGAAACAGCUUGCUUAUCAAAGUGGUGAUGUCCCGGUGGUCUUUGCGCUAGUAGACAGUGGAGACAUUGCUUUCUAUUCUUUUAAGGAGUUCAAACUGCCUGUGGAUGUAUACCCCUGACUGUUGCUGCUGUGACCUGGAGAAACAUCUUUGAGGCUGGGCUGUCUGUUGUGCACAUGUAUGAAAUGUACUCAGGAGGUUGCUCAGCUCGAUACUGUGUAGAAACCCUACCAAUAUUGUGUCAUCAGGGCAUGAAGAAAACUGCUCAUUCAUGAAAGCAAAAGGCAAUUUAAACAUGUUCUUUCUUUAUCGCAUCACCUCAGUACUUCCUGAACGGAGAUGUGCAGCUAGUUUUAUUCUUUUAACACACCAGUUCAUAUUGUUAGACCGAUAUUAAGUGGAUUUCUUUUGUUGCACGUACAGAAUAGGCUCCGGUUGACUGAGAACCAGUUUACUAAAGCAGUACUGAAUGGUACACAGAAAUCUUGCUGUAGGUUCAGUAAUCCAGUUGGGUUUUUAAUGGUCUCUAAUAACUGUGGCACUAGCAGUUGUGAGAUUCAGUCCUUUGAAAUCUGGAGGGUGGGGGAGGGGGAAAAGU